AUGGCUCCAGGGACGAUCAGGAAAGCCAUAGAUGCAGUCAAGGACCAGACCAGCAUCAGUCUAGCCAAGGUCACCACCGCCAGCUCAUCACGCUCGGCCCUCGAGGUCGCCAUCGUGAGGGCCACCCGGCACGACGAGUACCCUCCGGACGAGCGGCACAUCUGCCAGAUCCUGACCCUGACGUCCCACUCAACCGCCCUAGUGGGCUCGUGCGUAACCCUUGUCGCCCGGCGCCUCAACAAGACCCGCAACUGGGCCGUGGCCCUCAAGACGCUCGUGCUCGUCCACCGACUCCUCUCCAAGGGGAACCGGGCCUACGAGCGGGAUAUAUUCUUCUCGACCUGUCGUGGGGCCCGCUUCCUCGACAUGUCGGGCUUCCGGGACGCGCGCGCGAGCGCGUGGGACUGCUCGGCGUUUGUGCGGGCGUACGCGGUAUACCUGGAUGAGGGGAUAGAGUUCAGGAUGCAGGGCAGGAGGCCGGGGGGCGGGGAGGAGGCGGAGGGUGGCGGCAACAAGGCGGGAAGGCCCACGCCAGUGCAUGAGAUGAAAAACGAGGGUAUUUUCUUGAGGGCGGACCGUCUGAGGCGUCUGCUCGAGAGGUUCUUGGCGUGCAGGCCGACGGGCGCGGCCCAGCAGAAGAGGAUUGUGGUGGUGGCUUUCUACCCUAUGGUGAAGGAGAGCUUCCACCUGUACUACAACAUAGCGGAGGUACUGGCGGUUCUGAUCGAGCGGUUCAUGCAGCUCGGCGUGCCGGACAUGGAGCGGGCCCACACCAUGUUCUGCCGUUUGUCGAAGCAGCUGGUCGAGCUCGACAACCUGUACGAGUGGUGCAAGACAGUCCGCAUUGCCCGUUCGUCCGAGUGCCCCCGCAUCGACAAGAUCCCCCAGCAGAAGCUUGACAUGAUGGAAGACUUUAUCCGUCAAAAAUCCUCCAUGCUGCGCAACCGUAAGCCCCUCACCCCUGAGCCUGAGCCCGCAGAAAAGACAAUACAGCCCGUGCGCCAAGACGACAUCCAUGACGUCAAAGCUCUGCCUCCACCUGAGGCAUCCGCAGAGGACAGCAAGGAGCUUCGUGAAUCGGAAAAAACUAAUGCUCCGGUGAUGGGCGAUCUGCUGGACCUGAGUGAAGACGGCCCCACAAGGGAAGAAUCCAACGAGCUGGCGCUGGCUCUGUUCGGCACGGCAGCAAGCGAACCAUGGGAGGCCUUCAGGUGCUCGUCGGGGGAUUGGGAGACGGCUCUGGUGGAGUCGGCGAGUCAACUGUCGCGCCAGACUGCGUCCCUCGCACGGGGUAUGGACAUGCUGGUGCUCGACGGCUUGUACGCACACAGGGCAGCGUUUGUGGGGCCUGCGGCUGCCGGGAGUGCCAGCAGUGUGGUGGUCGGGAUGCCGACUGGCGUGCUGGCAUUGCCGGCACCGAAUGGAACGACGAACGACCCUUUCGCAGCGUCACUGGCGGUGGCCCCUCCGGCGUACGUGCAGAUGUCGGAUAUGGAGAGGAAGCAGAGGCUGUUGGUGGAGGAGCAAAUGAUGUGGCAGAUGCAGGAGGCGAGGAGGCAGGUGGCUCCGCUGCCCAAUGUAGGGCAACAAUAUUCGUUUCCAUAUUCGCACGCAGGGGGUUACACAAUGUCAUGA